AUGAGCGAUCACUCAGAUGUUCCCCGAGGGGAGUCAUGGGCUUCGAUCUCGACGGACACGAUUCUCGCGGAAUUGAGGCGACGACAGGAAGAUGGCGAGAAACCGGCGUGUGGUUCAAGGUCAAAGGGAUCUUAUGAUACGUCGGCGCAUGUGUUUGCAUUGGCUCUUAUCUUGGUGCUGAGCACACUGGCAUGCGGUUUCCCUCUAUUGUCACGACGAACGAUGCGCGGCCGAAAACAAAAAUCUAUCAUAUUCUACUGCCAGCAUAUUGGAACCGGCGUCCUACUGGCAACGGCCUUUGUUCACCUCCUCCCUACCGCUUUCGAGUCAAUGACCGAUCCAUGUCUCCCUGAUUUCUUCAGCAAAGGAUAUACACCUUUCCCUGGCCUUGUGGCUAUGGUGUCUGCGAUCAUUGUUGUCGGUAUCGAAUCGUACUUGACUGCGCGAGGAGCUGGUCACUCUCACUCUCAUAACCACGGUUACUUUGACUCCGACGACGAACACGAGAGCGAACUGCCAAUGAUGGAUACAACUGGAAUGUCUGACAGGAGAAACGGAUCGCGACCACCGGAUAUCCAUCUUGAAGCUAUGGAGAGCCAAGGACUUGUUGCUGGUGUCUCACCUCUGCCGGGAUCGUCGCCUAUGGUCGGUCAUGAGUCUAAGAAACUAAGCGAUGACUUCAAUGACGCGGAUUCGGAUCUCGACCUCGAUAUGGACGAACUCGAUCCUUCUGGACCAAGCAGCAUGAGACGUCGCAGUGGAGCUUACAACUCUCUCAAACCCGAAGCAGCCGACGAGGAGCCUUUGACACCAAUGACACCUAUGUCUCCAGGUCCACAAUCACCAGAGGAGCAGCAGCGCAAGAUGCUGCAAUGUAUCUUACUUGAAGCUGGAAUUCUUUUCCACAGUAUUUUCAUCGGCAUGGCCAUCUCCGUCGCUACAGGACCUGCCUUUGUUGUUUUCCUGGUCGCUAUCAGCUUCCAUCAGACAUUCGAAGGACUCGCCCUCGGCAGUCGCAUCGCCGCGAUUCAAUUUCCACGCAAAUCUAUUCGGCCGUGGCUUAUGGUUCUAGCCUACGGAGCCACGACACCCAUCGGACAAGCAAUCGGGCUUGUUGUGCACCGCAUGUACGACCCCAAGAGCGCCGGAGGCCUUCUCGUUGUUGGCUUCAUGAAUGCUGUGUCGUCUGGCCUCCUGUUGUAUGCUGGUCUUGUACAACUACUCGCAGAGGACUUCCUGACAGAAAAGAGCUACAAGAUAUUGAAGGGUACGAAGAGACUGCAGGCUUACAUGGCUGUCUGCGGUGGUGCGGUCUUGAUGGCUGCCGUUGGUGCCUUUGCCUAA